AUGACUGCUGUGGCGUCACCACCUAGUGUACAGACGGGGCCUCGCUUGGGAUGGUAUGAUUCUGGUAACGGUGGACAAGGCGCACUGUCUUCCAUGAACACGGAAGAGGUUUCUCGCAUGUUCAUGCCGCGAAAGACCCUGCAUAGAUCAAAUUCGUCUUCGUCUAUAGGGUCCAACUCGUCCACCUCAUCCACUUCGACUAUCCCCGCUAGCCCGUCUGGGACUGAUGCGGGACAAGCGCCCAACGGCGAGUCCUCGAAUUGGUCCAAAAAGAAGUCCUCGAAAAGUGUCUGGCCUACUUCCAAGUCGGAACCAGUAUCUGGGAUAAGCACCGCGCGCUCGCAAGCGAAGCCAGCCUUCUUUUCCGGCGCAGGCGCCUCUUCUGCCAUGUCGGCGAUCCAGCAGCCUUCUUCUAUCCUUCCAUCCCAACAGCAGCACUUUCUCCAGUCGUCCCAGCAGAAUGGCGUUCGCGCAGGGAGCGGGCCUACUGGAGAACCGCCCGCAAUUUUGACGCUAAUUCCGAUAAAUGGUACCUUUGAGAAGAAACAAAUUACCGUGCCGUUCUACCCUGAGACUCUGCGGAUUGGUCGGCAAACAAACGCCAAAACCGUACCUACGCCCAAGAAUGGCUUCUUCGAUUCCAAGGUGCUCUCUCGACAACAUGCUGAGAUAUGGGCCGAUAGAAGUGGAAAGAUCUGGAUCCGCGAUGUGAAGUCGUCCAACGGCACUUUUCUCAACAGCCAGCGCUUGUCUCCGGAGAACCGCGAGUCCGACCCUCAUGAGAUUCGCGAAAAUGACACAUUAGAGUUGGGCAUUGAUAUUGUCAGCGAGGAUCAAAAGACAAUUGUUCAUCACAAAGUUUCCGCCAAGGUUGAACACGCGGGUAUAUACGGGAGCGUGCCCAACAUCUUUGAUCUCACUCUUGGCGACCUAGAUCCGGCAUCCGGAAAUGGGCUCCUCCCAUCUCCCCUCAGCCAGCCGCUGUCACACCUUCGAGGGAGAGCCGGUAGCGCCUCAAGUACCCGCAGUAAUCAAAGUACUGCGAGUAGCCAGUUUACUCAACUUCAGCAACAGCGCCAGAUGAACUACUGGAGCUCACCACUGUCAAUCGAGCAGAUAGUCAAAAGGCUGACUGUAGGUUGA